UGAUGAUAAGCUACAAAUCAUCCAAGGCUUACUGAGAAGAAACAUUUAUAAGGGAGUGCCCGAGGGAUUAGAGACAUUGAAGGAUCCGACUUCAAGAAACAUGACCUCUGGACUGUAUCCAGGCCUUCUCCUGUGGCUGCUCUGUCUCCUCCCCAGCUCUGAGGAGGCCUGCCCAUCUAUCUGCCUCUGUGUAUCUGAUGCGGUCAUCUGUAGCUCCAGUGGACUCUCCAAACUACCUCUGUCCCUGCCCUCCUUCUCUGCCACUCUCGAUGUCAGCCAUAACCACCUUUCCUGGCUGGCAGCAGGCAGCUUCAAAUGGAUGCCCAGACUGGAAAACCUUCGGAUGGCCCACAACCAGCUUAGCUCCCUGGGCGUCGGGGUGUUUAACAAUGCUACUGGCCUGAGGCACCUGGACUUGUCUUCAAACAAGCUGCAGGUGGUGGAGCAGCACUACUUCCAGGGGCUGUGGAGGCUGGAGGAGCUCCUGCUCUACAAUAACAAGAUCACACAGGUGGAGGCAAGCACACUGAUUGGUCUGAGCAGCCUAAAGAAGGCCUACUUCAGCCUUAACCAGAUCACACACUUCCCGUUCUUCUCAAUCCAAGACCACAGUCAUCCUUUCCUGACUAUGCUGGACCUCUCAUCCAACCGGAUGUCACGCCUGCCAUGGGAGGAUGUGAAAGCUUUGCCCAGGCUGGUGCAGCGGGGGCUGUACCUCCAUAACAACUCUCUGAUCUGCGAUUGCUCCAUGUACAGCGUGUUCUGGCAUUGGGAUCUAAGAGGUUAUGACUCUCUCAAGGACUUUACAGAUGAGCACACUUGCUCCAUCUUCGGCGACCAACGAGCAACCAUUCGAUUCCUCCGGAAUCCACGCUUUUUCCACAAUUGCUCUGUUGAAAAAGCGGUAUCACAGCCAUUGACUGUGCUCCUCUCCAAUGUCUUGGUAUCAGAGGGAGGAAGAGUGCGUCUAGACUGUCAAACGUCCCUGAGCAGCACAGAUCUUUCAUUUACAUGGCUCUCCCCCAGCAAGGGGUACAUCACCGAGGACAGCAUUAAUGACACGCUAAUUAGUCUGUUUCCUAAUGGUACCUUGGAGAUUCAGGCUGCCAAGGUCAAUGACUCAGGCCUAUACGUGUGCACAGCUGUGGAUAUUAAACAGGCGUUGAACGCAACACGGGAAGUAAAUGUGACAGUGCUGCAGCCUGCAGCCGAGUCAUUCAACACUGGUUAUACAACGCUGCUGGGCUGUGCAGUGACAAUGAUCUUCAUCCUCAUCUACCUCUACCUGACUCCAUGUCGCUGCAGCUGCUGCAAACAGCCCAAACCUCCAGCUAUCCCCAUCGCAACGUACGACCCCAGCACCCUGACCUCUGUCUUCUGCCCCUCUACGAGAGACCAAGCCAAAGUUCAAGCUAACAAGCACGUAGCGUUCAUGGAGCCGAUGUUAAGUGAGGAAGGAACACAAUGGACACUUGAAAGUUGA